CUUCUCCAAUAUGAAAUGCUUAUCUAUCCAUCCAACGAAUAUCACACGUGUGACAAUAUAAAACGCGCAAUAUGAACCAAGGCAGAACUCUGUAAUCCGUAUCAGGAACCCGCGCGCCGGGUAGAAUUUUAUAAAGUUGAUCAAUCGGGUUACAGAACCCGUAAUGGCUUCCUUGCCUUCUUUACACACAGGUUGCAGAUUCCAAGCAUUACCGAAUCUCCAUACUUCUCAGUUUCUUGCACCCCACUCCCUGUUGAAGCUGAAGAAGGCGGAGCGAGCCGCGCUUCCUAUUCUGCGAUUCAGUAACCUAAGAAACCGCAGAAUUCACCCACGACCUUUCAUCUGCGCUGCUCAAUCCAAUCUCCUUAAAGUUGUGCAAACAGUUUGGAAGGUUGGCAAAAAUGGAAUUGAAGCUGGAACUAACAUGGUGCCGGAUCCUAUCCCAAGACCAAUUGCAAGGGUAUCAGUUGCAUUAGUUGCAGUUUCCCUUGCAUCUUUUGUACUCAAGUCAUUCCUCUCUACUGUCUUCUUUGGACUGGCAGUGAUGGGAGUUCUGUAUUUUACCUUUCUGGCUUUAACGAAGGAUGAAGGGCCAAUUGCUGAUGGAGAAGGGAAAUCAACCGAAGAUAGUUUAGAAGAAGCAAGGAGAAUAAUGGAGAAGUACAAAUAACAAAUGUAAGGGAAUUAUUAUUUUUUCCUCAUGGUCUAGGUCAUGAAAAAUAUGGAGGUUUUUUCUUUAUAUGUUACUAAUAGAAAAUUUACGUGCAAAAUAUGACUAAAGUUACUGUGAGUGUACUUUUAUAGUAACUAUGGUGAAAUUUGAAUGCAACUAUAAUCACUAAAAGUUACACAGUAUUAAAUCACUUUUUUGCCCGUUAUCUUUAUAUUGGUCAUAUAUUCAUAUAUUUGGAUUUAUU